AUGACUGGUGAGGCAGGAGCAUUGAUUGGUGAGGCAGAAACAGAGUGUGAAAUUAGAGGUCAAAAAACAGAAGUAGAUUGUGCAGAAGACACAGUUGAUGGCCCUGGGGUUGGAACAGGUCAAAACAAGUGGAUCAUGGGAGUGAGGAAAACUGGCUACUGCAACACUUCCAACACUGGCUACUGCAACACUUCCAACACUGGCUACUGCAACACUUCCAACACUAUCUACUGCAACACUUCCAACACUAUCUACUGCAACACUUCCAACACUGGCUACUGCAACACUUCCAAAACUGGCUACUGCACCACUUCCAACACUGGCUACUGCAACACUUCCAAAACUGGCUACUGCAACACUUCUAACACUGGCUACUGCAACACUUCCAACACUGGCUACUGCAACACUUCCAACACUAUCUACUGCAACACUUCCAACACUGGCUACUGCAACACUUCCAACACUGGCUACUGCAACACUUCCAACACUGGGUACUACAACACUUCCAACACUGGCUGCUGCAACACUUCCAACACUGGCUACUACAACACAUCAAACACUGGCUACUGCAACACUUCCAACACUAUCUACUGCAACACUUCCAACACUGGCUACUGCAACACUUCCAAAACUGGCUACUGCAACACUUCCAAACCUGGCUACUGCAACACUUCCAGCACUGGCUACUGCAACACUUCUAACACUGGCUACUGCAAUACUUCCAACACUGGCUACUGCAACACUUCCAACACUAUCUACUGCAACACAACACUGGCUACUGCAACACUUCCAACACUGGCUACUGCAACACUUCCAACACUGGGUACUACAACACUUCCAACACUGGCUACUGCAACACUUCCAACACUGGCUACUGCUACUGCAACACUUCCAACACUAUCUACUGCAACACUUCCAACACUGGGCUACUGCAACACUUCCAACACUGGCUACUGCAACACUUCCAACACUGGCUACUGCAACACUUCCAACACUGGCUACUGCAACACUUCCAACACUGGCUACUGCAACACUUCCAACACUAUCUACUGCACUAUCUACUGCAACACUCCAACACUGGCUACUGCAACACUUCCAACACUAUCUACUGCUUCCAACACUGGCUACUGCAACACUUCCAACACUGCAACACUUCCAACACUGGCUAUUGCAACACUUCCAAAACUGGCUACUGCAACACUUCCAACACUGGCUACUGCAACACUUCCAACACUAUCUACUGCAACACUUUCAACACUGGCUACUGCAACACUUUCAACACUGGCUACUCCAACACUUUCAACACUGCCUACUCCAACACUUCCAACACUGUCUACUGCAACACUUCCAACACUGGCUACUGCAACACUUCCAACACUGGCUACUGCAACACUGGCUACUGCAACACUUCCAACACUGGCCACUAUAACACUUCCAACACUGGCCACUGCAACAGUUCCAACACUGGCUACUGUAACACUGUAUACUGCAACACUUCCAACACUGGUCUACUCCAACACUAUAUACUGUAACAAUUCCAACACUGGCUACUGCAACACUGUAUACUGUAACACUUCCAACAUUGGCUACUGCAACACUGUAUACUGUAACACUUCCAACACUGGCUACUGCAACACUUUCAACACUGGCUACUACAACACUUACAACACUGGCUACUGCAACACUUCCAGCACUGGCUACUCCAACACUAUAUAUUGUAACACUUCCAACACUGGCUACUGCAACACUGUAUACUGUAACACUUCCAACACUGGCCACUGCAACACUUCCAACACUGACUACUGCAACACUUCCAACACUGGCUACUGCAACACUUCCAACACUGGCUACUGCAACACUGUAUACUGCAACACUUACAACACUGGCUACUGCAACACUUCCAACACUGGCUACUGCAACACUGUAUACUGCAACACUUACAACACUGGCUACUGCAACACUUCCAACACUGGCUACUGCAACACUAUAUAUUGUAACACUUCCAACACUGGCUACUGCAACACUUCCAACACUGGCUACUGCAACACUAUACAUUGUAACACUUCCAACACUGGCUACUGCAACACUUCCAACACUGGCUACUGCAACACUAUAUAUUGUAACACUUCCAAUACUGGCUACUGCAACACCAUAUACUGUAACACAUCCAACACUGGCUACUGCAACACUGUAUAUUGA